CUCAUCACAGCACAGUUAGCGGUUGCCUUAGUUCUAGCUUCGGUUCAGUCAUUUUGUUGCACUAAACUUCUGCUUACACACAUCCACCUGUCUACUGCGUGUCAUUUCUAAACAGCUCUAGAUGUUUUGAUUCCAGACCGCUUGUGUUAGCGCUUUUCUUAUUACGCAGAGUCUCGCGGCUAAAAAAUAUGUGGUCCUCGUGCCGCCGCGUCCUUCACGAGCUGCUCCGAGUCCAGCCGCGUGCGUCUGUCCGGAGUUUAUCCCUCACCCCAGCACAGUACACAGUGAUAGUGGAGCGCUGGUGGCAGGUGCCCUUGUCUAAAAGAGGCAGCCCACCGAGACUUAACCCUCGACGCCACAGGAUUUACAAACUGGUGGAGGACACGAAACACCAGCCCCAAGAGAAGAUGGAGCUCAUCCUGACUCAGACCGUGCCCAAGCUUGGUGGAAGAGGGGAUACAGUGUUUGUGAAGAAAUCUGUUGGUCGUAAUAAGUUGCUAGCACAAGGGAUGGCAGUGUAUCCUUCACCAGAAAACAAGGAAAUGUUUGCUGAGGAGAUAAAGCUGCGACAAGAGGGGAAGUCUGAAGAAAGUUCACAAACCCGAACAGGACAAAUGACUGUCGAUUUUCUUAAACGUAUAACACUGAACAUAAACCAAAUGCCAACAGAGGAUUUCCAAGUUACCAAAGAAGUGGUUUGCAGACAGUUUCAAAAGAAGUUUUUAUUGGUUGUGCCGCCCCAUGCGCUGACCCUCCAACAAGAGCCAAUCAAGGAACUGGGAGACUAUUGGUGUGAAGUGACGGUAAAUAAAAUGGACACUGUGCGAAUCCCUCUGUCCAUUGUACCAUAUGAAGACCUUUCUGCCAGUGCUCAGAAGCUAAAAGCCAAAAGACUACAGCAGGUAGAGUCGACCAACACUGAACCUAAUUCUGGAGAGGACAAUGAUUUAAAGACCGUCCCAUCUGACUUGGACUCUGUGAAUGAAGCCCCUGAUGUCACAACAGCUCCGUCAAGUGACAGCCCCAAGAAAGAAUGAAUUCUAAAAAACAAAAAUGGUGUAAAUAAUCCAACACAGGUGUAAAAUGUAUCAUAAGUUAAUGGCUACAUUAUCAGGAACUACUCUUAAAUAAAACAAACGCUCUCAAAAAGUUUAUUUUUCACAACACAACAAUAAUAAACUCAUAUGCUCAAA